GCGUUUUUGUUUUUAGAUGUUAAAGAUAAAUCGUAAAGUGCUGUGCGCAUCUAUUGAUGCUUUCUGGCUUCUUAAAAUGUCUAAGCGAUUCGUAUUACUCCUACUCGUGUGGCUACAUAUUUCCUGUACUUCAACCAAAAAGGUUCAGAAAUGCGAAGACAACAUUACGGAGACAAGCGAAGGCACAGCAUAUUGGAAAUUUCGAGGCACGCGUUACACAACCUCCGAAGACUUUCUUUGCUGGAAGGAAAGUGGCGAAGUCUUGGUGCGCGAAUGCAACACAGCUACUGGACAGUGGGUGCCAGAGACUGUCGUGUGCAACCAGAGAGAAAGACAUCAGACGUAUUGCCCAGAGGACUUGGUGGAAAUCAGGGAUCAAGAUGGUGACGUUCUAUGUUUGAAAGUCUCGUCGAAGCCUCAGAAGUAUGAUGACAGCUUUUGCCAGGGGGCAGAUCUAAUUUUCCCACACAAAUUAUCUAAACACGCAGCUGUAAGUUUUAAAAAGUUCUUGAACGAGAGCAAACUGACAGAGUAUUGGCUGCCAGUUCAGCGCGAGAGUAGCUAUUUGCCAUUUAAGAUACGCCUGCCCGGUGAGCAGUGGGGGGAGGUGGUGGAUGAUAAGACGAACAUCUUAGAUUUUAGAUCUGAUAAGAAAUGCAUGUCCAUACGCUAUUCUCACCAGGAGCAAAACAAAAACCGAAAGGUGCAGAAGGCCGACUUUAGCCAAAAGAUUACGGGCUGCGAUGAAUUAUUGCACGCGAUUUGUGUGUUUGAAGGUGACCUCACAACGAGCUCAGGCUGUCCCAAAGGACAAGGCGCUCUUAGCUAUCGUCCGAGUGAAUGCUAUGGGGUGGAGUGGCAAAAUUUAUCAAAUAAUCCACAAGAUGAGAUACGCAUUAAUGAAUAUUUUCGGAAACGUAAUACUUUGAGGUUGGUCCUAAAGCACCUGCCCAAGGAGAGGAAGAAAGAAUUCUUUCAAGUUGGCAAUUUUGCUGACAGAUUUAACGAGGAGUAUGCGAUCACAAUGAAUAAGGACGAGGUGGUGCGAGUUGUUCAUCUUGAAAAUAAUUUGAAAUUUCCGUUCCUAUAUAAAAGACAAAUCACCACCCAGGCGAACCCUGUUCAACUAAUGCUGAAAUUCGACGCAGCUUUGCAGGAAUUGAUUCUAGUGGUUUACAAUGGGGAGUAUCUGUGGCGCAUCAAUGAAGACGAUGAUGGCGUUAGGUGCUUCUCCAACGCUGACUAUGAGCUUCAGCGAAACGCCAAAAUUGACCUUAUUUGGGAAAAUAAAGAUAGGACCAAGUCGAUCUUUAAAGUCAAGCUGGUUGGCGAGGGUCCAGGCGAAUAUUGGUGUGAGGGACACACGACUUUUGACUUUCAUUUGGUGACUAGUCCCCGCGUAGUGGCAGAGAAAGAGAGACGGGGACAUUCCUUUGCUGUGAGGCUGAAUGUCAAUUGCACAGUUUACAACAAAAAUAUUUAUGAGAACCUGUGCAGAAAUAUCAAUAAAAACUCGAAAAUACUUGCCAAGAAUGUACUAGCUGAGUUGCGUAGGAAAAGCAAAGAAUUUUCCCGAGAUUUAGUUAUACAUAAUGCACGUAUUAUGCGUAUCGAAAAGAUGACGGGUCAGGAUAUGGAAUGCUGGGUCCACCUGACCGCCUCGCUGAAGAACUCGGCAGUGGACAAUAGCGAGGAAGAAAGCAGCGAAGAGAACGAUAGCUCUGAGAAUGACGAUCAGGUCAGGCACGAUACCUCGGUUCGCAUGACAGUAUGGAACCUGUUGAAGGAGGCGAUAUCGGCUUACACCCACUGUAGGAAUACUGUAGUAGUACGAAGCACAGAGUACUGCUUUCCAGAUACGUUCCGUUUGGACAACGACGAAACCUAUCAGUGGAAGCAGGCGGAGAUCGGGCAGGUGGGCACCUUAUCGAAAUUGUGUCUGCAGAGCAAUGGAAUGCCUUACACCCGGAAAUGCAAUGGCAACUUCAUAGAGGGUGCUUAUUGGGAGGCGCUGAAUGAAAAUCCCGUAUGCGAAGCGCACAAAACAGACUUGAAAGUCACCAAAACCCUGUUCAACUUGUCAAGCUCCAAAAAGCUAAAGACCUCUCCGGAAAAAAUGGUAAAGCAAGUCAAAAAGAUUUUACAAGAUAAUGCCAAAAAGUUUAUACCUGUCGACAUCCAUUUUGCUGCCAAUAUUGUCCAGGUGUCCGUGCGCAAUCUGGAUAAUUAUGUUCUGAGCUUGACGACAAAUACAACAACCAUUGAGGAGCAAAUUCGAGCCUACACCGCUUUCAAGGAAACUACGCAGGAUCUUAUACAUAUUUACAACUAUCUAAUAGAUGUCAAAGAAAAGACGUUGAAAAUGUCUGCCAAAUUGAACUCAACCAACAAACUGCUCGAGGCAUUUGAGAACGCCUUAUCCGCGCAGUCCGUACUGCCGGACCUGAGAGGAAUUGGUAAUUCCAAUGAACUCGAGUCAAGUUCCGACUUUGAGGUAUUGGACUAUGACGAUAUUGGCGUCUCUGUGAAAAUAUCGCCCAAUUUAUUAUAUUUCAUACUUAAUCCGCUAAUUGCGAAUAUUUCCGGAAUCGCAAUGUUCAAAAACAAUAACGACACAGAGCUUCCGUAUUCAUUGAAAGGUGCUUUUCGAAAUGAGCACUAUCGCUUCCUGCAGUCCAAUCACGAAAUAGAAGACUUCAUCAACGAGCCUGACCUGCAAUUCGCUACCUAUGUCCCAGAGAAUCUCCUAUCACAAUUGGACACAAUUUUGAUUGCAAAUAAUAUUACGGAAAUCACAAAUACUAUUGUGGUCAUCAAAGUCUACUCGAACGACAAACUCUUCCAGUCACAAGCAAAUCAGACUGCCCAAUCUGCAUUGGGACGGGUCGUCUCAAUAUCCUUGCCCGGACACAGUACGCAAUUGCCUGAAGACUUGCCAAUCGCCUUCCGCAACUGGCAGAGUGAUUCAUUGAAGCACAAUACAACUACAGAUAUGUGUAGCUAUUGGAACUUUGAGAGUUGGGCCUCGGAUGGUAUUAGGCAGGAAUCGAAUCGCUCAGAUAUCAGCUCUGAUAUUGUGCUCUGUCAGGUCAGCCAUCUGACGCCAUUUGCUUACCUAGUGGGCUUCAAUUUUACAGUGGAGGAAUCUGAUGAGGCCAAUGUGCGGCCAAAUCAUGGCCAGGCCCUAGACAUUAUAACAGUUACGGGCUGUACCUUAUCGCUACUGGGCAUAUCAGGCAUAUUCAUAACGGCUGCAAUAUUUAGUUCGUGGCGCCAAAAGCCAUCGUCUAAGGUUCUACUUCAACUGUCGGCUGCUAUCGCUUUGCAAAUGAUAAUUCUCUGCUUUAUCAAUACUGAAGAAUAUUCCCUGCACUUGAUUAUCAACAAGAUCAUACCCAGUUGCGUUGCCAUUGGAGCCCUGCUCCAUUACUCCGUUUUGGUUCAGUUCUUCUGGAUGAUAUUAAUCGCCUAUUUGCAGUUUAAGCGAUAUGUUCAAGUAUUCGGCGGAGGUCGACCGAACAGAUUUUUCAUGAAAGCCACGAUCUUCUGUUGGGGCGUACCUCUCAUACCCGUAGUGCUAGCGGCUGUGCUAGACCAUGAUUCGUUUAGUAAGGGUCCCAUCUGCUACCCCUCCGGCUAUGCUCUUUAUUUUGGAAUAAUCAUGCCAAUUUCAAUCAUUAUAAUUGCUAACUUUAUAAUCUUUUGCCUUAUCAUAUAUAAUAUAUUGGCGAGCUCGACCCUUCCAAUGAGGCGCAAUGACACGCCAGUUUUAAUAUAUCAGAUACGUCUGUCUGUACUGCUAUUCUUCCUAUUGGGCUUUACGUGGUGCUUCGGUAUUCUAUCCUCCAUAAAAGCUGGAAUCGUAUUCUCAUACCUUUUCAGUCUGACAGCAACACUGCAAGGGUUCGUUAUCUUUCUAUACUUUAUUAUCUUAGAUCCUGUCACGCGACGCAUGUGGUGCAAAUUUGUUUGCCAACUUUGCUCGAAUGACAAAAAUUUUCUUCAAAGUUUCAGUUCUGAUAAAGACACUACGCAAACAUAUUAAUCACCUCUGAAUGUAUUUUGCUUAUAAUAUUUUCUUAAUAAU